UAAACAUGGCGGACGUGGGCAGUCAACACUACUCGAGCUCUGACAGUAGGGAAGACUCCAACAGCCAAGAUGCCACUAAACAACAGUCGCCAAAUAUAUUCAGAAAUGACGGUUCUUUCAUGGAGAUGUUUAAAAAGUUACAAGAAGACCAGAAGAAAAGGGAAGACGAUGGAAAAGGAGGAGUAACCAGUAGAAGCAGCCCGACCCCAGAGGUUGAGAGAAGCCAAUCCAAGGAUCAUAAGAAGACGACUUUAAGUUUUGUGGGCAAACGGCGGGGCGGCAGAAUCCUGGCCACUGGGAUGGUCAAGAAGCAGAGGAAAGAAGCGAAGACUGAGAAGCAACAGUCGGAUGAUGGUAAAACGGACGCUUGGUCACAAUAUAUGAGCGAAGUGAGAAAAUAUAAGGAGCAGUCGUGUGAGGAAGAAGGCAAGAGACGACCCUUAGUCAAGUGAUUCUCCUCCUCCAUACUGUAACAAUCUCUCGCCUCAGUUAGCUCCAUCCCAGUCUAAAAUAUUAUCAAGUGAUUCUUCUCCUUCAUACUGUGACAACAAUCUCUGCCUCUGUUAGGUCUCACAGUCUAAAAAAAUUGUAUGAUUGAAAUUUGUUGAGUUGCUCAUACAAUUAAAUUAACCAUGACCCAAGUUAGAAUUUUUUUUAGGUUGGUACUUAAGGUUGGAUUUUGUUUUGUUUUUGGCGAAUCAAAUGGCAGACUAAUUUAUAUAUUGUUUCAAGCCCGUCGCCAGGGGGGAAGGGGGUUCGAGGGAUUUGAACGAACCCUCUUUUGUCUCCAGUACGGGAGGUCUUUGUUAUACGUUGGGGAUCGGUUCCAGAGAAAUGUGACAUAUUGAAAUGCUAUAUAAUGAGGAAUUUUCCCCCAUAAAUGUUAAUUAAUUUGGGGUAUAGUGUUCCAUCAUAUGCAGUAAUAACCCUUGAACGAUCAAGGUGUGUUCGUAGAAAGAGAUAUGUUCACAAAGUUAUUUAUUACCUUUGAGUGAUAUAUAAUGGUUUGAUUUAGCUUCUAAAAAACUUAAACAACUGAUCAGUGAAUAAACCAGGAUAUAUGAAGAUGCAUUAUACAUUACAAUAUUUAUUAAGUUGUGAUAAAUAAACUACAACAUUACUUACUAAAUGCUGAAGACAAAUCCUGGGGUAAGCACCAACACUCUUGAGCAGUGACAUCAGCGGUGCUUGAGUGCUGGCAACAUUGUUAGGGAGAGCAGGAAUGAUCAGCUGUUGCUGCUCUGUGAACAAGCAACUGGGAAUAUAAUAGUUUGAACAACACAAUAACUUAUUGGAGGUUGAGUGUGAGACGUUUUGGGGAAAAUUAAUUAUUUUACCAUAAUAAUUUAUUACCCCGGCACCAAAUGAACUUAAAUAAUAUGGGAGUUAUGGUGAAAUUACACGUCGUUAUUAAGGGAUCUUGGGCUGAUGGGCGUGGGAGAGUUGACCACUCAGUCAAGCCAACACUCCCUCGCCUCCUCUCCCCAGCUGUUCACCCAGAUGUAGUUUUGUAGUUUUCUCUUUCCAUUUCUCUACGUGCAAACUAUUCAUUUAUAUAAGAAUUGUAUAAGAAUAAGAUUUUCUAACUUUUAUUUUUUGGUGAUGAAACACUUGCAUGAUUUAAAUGUCUGCCAUGAGAUGUACAGUAGCCUGGCAAGUCACGGUGUGUUGCCAAGAUGUUUUUAACACUAUUUACGAAUCAUAUAAAACAGUGGAUGAUGCAGAUGACGUAUACUGUAUGAGAAACAAGCGACGUACUAUAUAUUGGUAGAACGUAUAACGGGGACCCCCUGUAUUGUAUGUGUUCAAUAUUGACCGCUGAGCUUCCAGACAUUGUUUAACUGAUGCUCUUAAACACAGCUUUUCCACAUUUUAAAACUAAAGAUGAUUGGUUCUGUGGUGAAACCUGGCAGCUCUACUUAUUGAAUAUGUUUCCUGGUUGAAAGUCGGUCCUUGUGACGCCUUGAUCACACCUGUCAACAUCGCCUGGUCUGAGAGGACCACCAGUGUGAUUGAUAGUUUGAUCAAGGAUGAUCUUGGGUGAGACCUGAAGUGUCUGCUAGUAAAGUGGCAAAGACUCUUAAAAUUACUUACUCAGGGUUGGUGCCUCUGAAAAGGUGUUUUGCCUAGAUCUUAACUGUGAUUAUACACUACUGUACUGCUGUGUGAAGGCAGUAGAUUUUGGGUGGAAAAGAGACAAACCCACACAAUGUGUGUGAGUUCAAGGUACCAGAACUCGGCCAGAUUGUGAGAUGAGUCGCUUCGUUGCUCUACUUCCAGAUGCCUCGUGUGACAUGCUGCACAUCAUAGCCUCAUGGCUGAUCAUGUUACGUCACACAGUAAAGAGCAGACAUGUGGUCAUUUUAUUGACAGAAGCAAUAAUAUAAAGGAAUUCUUGAGCUUAUUCAGUUGGAGAGGACAAAUGGUCACGGCUUUGCUCAUCAGUUCCUCCAACUUUAGUGUGAUGCUCAUCUGUCAGUAAACAAUGUACAGUACAGAGGCUUGUGGCCACUGCCUCAACUUGGUCCUCUCCCAAGGUGUGGACAUAGUGACCUUUGUUCUGUACAGUGAUGAGGGACACUACUGUAUAGUGCUGACAACCAUCUGGGGUAAGCUGUGUGGCUCCUGCACACCAUCAGUAACUGCUGUACUGUGUUGUGUUAUUUAUCACAGUACACGAUGGUGGCACCACUGGUAGGCUUCACUGGGUUAAGUAAUCUGGUGUUAUAUAAUAAUUAUUUUUCCUGAAUUAAAACAUUGGAGUUAUUUUAUGUUUUACUGAGAUUAUUUAAAACAUGGGAUUGUACAGUAUUAUGUGUCUUACUGUGUAUAAAUCAAUACUGUAUUUGUACUCUACGCUCUAUCCCAAAAUCCAUCUCGGAGACGAGAAAAAACGAACUCCCCUUAAAAAUCGUGGCGACGGGUCUGUAUGUCACCUUCAGUUUUUUGUUUAGUAUUUGGCUCCUUGUAAAUAAUAUAUCUAGCAUAGCUAACUAGUUCACUCAUCACCAAAUAUUUUACAAUCAGAGAAACUUAUAAAUGGUGUCCUAACAUACAGGCUCAGAGUAAGUGAUAAUUAUGAUAAGUUGUAACGUUAAUUUUAACCUUCAAUAGUAUUACUGUACUGGUUCUCACUGGUGUAUAAUUCUGAGUCCUGAGAGUAAUAGUAUUACUAAUGUUUACACUCGCCCCAGAAAGCAUCUUUACCGUGGAGUCUGAGACAGUAAUUAAAAAAAACGGACGCUGCGACUCACCUUGUCCGGGUAGGGUUCUUGAAAAUUCCUCUUCCUGUAGUACUGUUCUCUCAUACAGAAGGGUAAAGACACUUCCUGGUGCGGGUGUAUGUCAUUUAGGUUCUCGGCGUGUAAGAAACAAAUGUGUGUAUAAGUUCCAGACAUCCUGCUUUAGUGUUUACAAGUUUAUGUUAUCGGGUAAAUCCGGAGUAGGAAACUGAUAUUAAAUGCUGUAUGAGUAGAAUUUUGUCCUUUAUUUAUCACGUUUGGUUUUAUUUCGUCUUUUUUCUUAAAUACUUUGAGAAAUUUAUUUUGAAUUGAAAUUGAUGGGGAAGGCUUGGGUGAUGGUAGUGGGGGGAGGUAUGGUGAGGGUGAUGGUAGUGGGGGAGGUAUGGUAGGGGUGAUGGUAGUGGCAGAAGUCAACAAAUUUACCCAACUGGUGGAACAACUUCCUGACUUCGUGAGGUGUAUUCCUAUUGGCUUUAACCAAAUGUAUCGAGAGUUGUAAUUGGCUCCAUGAGGUGUAUGGUAUUCCUAUUGGCUAUAACCAGAUGUAUCGAGAGUUGUAAUUGGUUGCAACUUAACUUGGCCAUAGGAACUGGUAGAUGUAGUAGGUAGUCUUGAGAAUCAUUUUAUCACCAAGCUCUGUGGCUGUGAACUCUGGAUGGUUCGGUAGACAGGAAUAUUUGGAUUUUGGUUCCUUUUGUAAUGAGGUUCAAUACUCCGAGUUGUUUAUAAAUAUUAAAACGGUAACAUCUAACAUUGGGGGGAGGGGGGGGGGUCAGGUACCAUCAGAGCCAUAGUUCUUGUUAUGCACACCAGGUGAAAUGCUUGGUAGACAGUGAAACCUCUAUUUAAUGGACUAUACAGAGAUAAAAGUCCAUUAUAUCAAGGGUCCAUUAGAUGUGAAACCUCCGUCUAACGAACUAUAUAGAGACAAAAUAACAUUAUAUUAACAGUACAUUCAAUGUGAACUCUUCCCAUUCCCCUCCCCCUUCAUUUAACAGAUUAUAUGGAGAGAAAUUCAUUAUGGGAAUUUCAUUAUCUGGUCAUGAAUCUGAUCUUCGAGUUGCUGUGACAACUUCAGGACCUCAGAAGGUUAAUAUAUAGCUUUAAUGUAGAAGUUCCCUGCUGAUCUACCAUGCCAUUUCCCACAAUACGGACAAAAAAAAAUAAAAUAAAACCCACAUGGAGGUCGAUUAUAAGAGAACUACAGUAUAAUGCUAUUCAUUUAUUUCCCAGAUGACUUGAACUGAAUGUAGGCAUCAUGCUAACCUAACCAAUCAAUCGUAUCCUGAUAACCUAUCCUAACUUAACAAAGCAAUAAUUUCGUGCUAUCCUAUCCUUACCAAGCCAAUCAAUUGUAUCCUAACCUAACCAAGCCAAUCAAUUGUAUUCUGCUAACCAAACCAACCAAAUGCACUGUUAACCUACUCUAACCCAAUCGCAGCAAACAUAUUAUGCUAACCUAACCAAACCAGCCAAACAUAUCAUACUAACCUAAUCUAACCAACCAAAUGCAUCAUGCUAACCUAACCCAAAAAACCGUACGAUUCUUAGGUUAGGUCUGGGUUGUCUGCGUUAAAGAGAGAUGGUUUUGUGGUCGUGCGUGUGUUUGGUAUCACAAGACUGGCUGCGUUGUGGUUUAUCGAGAUGCUCUUUCUGCCCAGCAUCCAUGAUUAUUAGUUGUACUGUGGGCAUUAGAUAUUCUUAUAUAAUUUAGUAAGAUCUCGCAUAUAGAAGCAAAAACAAUAAUUGGGGCACCAUAAUUUGUUGUUAAUUCCUGCUCAUCAACUCUGCUCUCAAACACGCUUGCUGAAGUGUAAUAGAAAAGGUUUAAAAAAAAUCUAAAAUAAGAUGUGAUCACUGUUCAUUUAUUGUAAUACUCAAGUCUGGCAUAACAUUUAGAAAAUAUAAUAAUAAUAAUUUCAGCCAUUUCCUGAGCUUUGCAUUUUAUAUGUUAGUGCGAACCUUACUCUGGGGAUUGUGAGAAAUAAUUAAAGUUUAUGUGUUUG